AUGCUGAAGUCAAUCAUCUUCUCACUGUUUGUUACUGCAAUAAGAGCGAAUUAUGAACCGGAAGACGUUCAACAGGAAAUGGGAGGUGUCUGGCAGAAAUCCGAAGCUUGUGGAUUCACAGAGGUCUUCUAUAGAUGCAAACCUUGUGACCUGCUCUGCGGCCAAGACUUGAAACUAUGUCCCGUAAAGGAGUGCCAAGAGGGUUGUGGUUGUCCGCCAAACUUUCGAAGAAGUGCAGAAGGCGACUGUGUCGAAUACUUCAACUGCUUCUCUAAUGUGCGCCCGAAACCAGUCAAGAAACCACCUCUAUUCGACGCUACCACAGAAGUUCCAUAUUCUCGACUCCAGUACCAACGGGGUUUGCAAUCUCAACCUAAGAUAACAAUUGGUCACAAAUUGAAUCGAACCCCUCUUCCACUAUCAAUCAAUGAUGAUGACGGAGUUUCACCAGUUAUUCGAACAGAAAAUCUUUCAAACUCACAGGCCCACCAUCAUAAAUCACGUCUCUCCAACGGUUUUCCUACAAGGCAUUCCAAAUUUAUAUUAAUCCAUGUGUAA